GCAGUGUCUUGCCUAGCUUUAGUCAGCCAAAUAUCUGACAGCUGCCAUUCUGUCAGAUACCAAGCGGGUGUUGAGGAUGGCGUUUGCGCAGUGAAACACCGGAAAAAAUAACUUUUACGUCUGCUUGAAUAUUGAUUGAAACGAAUUUCAAAAUGUAGAUUGCUUGUUCAGAGAACACUUCUUGAAUGUAUCCAAUAUUAAUUUAAAAUAUGACUAGCUGUACAAACCGUUGGCAAAUUAUUAAAAAUCUUAUCAUAAUUUUUAUUUGAUUGGUUCUUGUGAUUGAAAAAGCUUCAGCGUUUCUCGCAGUGCAGCAAUGGGUCGAUGACAACAGUAGCAGCGUGACAGCAGAAAGUGCAAAGUGGAGCGCGUUUGAGUUUCCAUUCAGCAUUGGCUAAAUCUAAACAAAAAUGGGCGCUUCGGCCUCGUCUAAGAAAUCGUCUAGUCUAAGCUAUCCCGGCCAUGAUGAUCCGGCAUACCGCAAAUGCCAGGAAUUGAAGAUGGAACGCUGGAUACAGAUGCACUAUCAAAUCAAGCAACGGGAACAGGCCCUGGCCAUUGCCCAGCAUCGAGAACUCUUCUACUGGAUGAGCGGCUUCUACCUGACCGCUCUGUAUGGCUGUGCCAGCUACUACCAGCGGGUGAAGCGUGCCACAGUUUUGGCACCGCUGCUGCCACUCACAUUUGUCAUGGGAUACUAUACGGACUGGGCCUAUGGCAGCAAACUGCAUCGCAUUCAGGCCGAAGCGAAUAUGAUAAUGGAGCACGAGGAGGAUCUGUUGCAUUGGCCAGGUGGACUACCCACCGUUGCUGGCAUUGAUGAGGCUCGCGUCGAAGUUGAAAUGGAAAAGAAAAUGCAUCCGCAUCACAUGUAGAUAUCGCUACUAAAUGCUCAUAGUUAUUGCUCAUUCAAAACAUAAUUCACCAUACAUCGAUAAUGCAGAAAUAUAUACGAUAAGUUUGCAUUCAGUAGCAUUCAUAAUUUUGAGCAAUAAUUAUUAAUCCAUACACUUAGACUUUUGCUACUGUUGCAGACUGCCAUCAUAAGAUUCAUAAGUACUUUUUACACUAACUAAAUAUACAUGCAGAAAACUGCUAGUGCUUAUUUAUUUAUGCAGAUCGAACGCUUGUGCUGUUCACAUACAUACAUAUAUUGCCACUUAUGUAUAACCGAUCAAGCUAAACAAAAAGUUGUUUAAACAUUUUUAAAACACAUAUAGCUUUCUUUGUAAAUGACUCUUGGACUCUUUCAAACUCUUAUGCGUCUGUGUGUUUCAAUUCCACAAAAAAUUUGUCAAGACAAUACUCCUUAUAUUAUACGUAUAGGUUUUUAUUGAAAUAUAUAUGUACUUAUAAAUGUAUGUAUGUAUAGAAACCGAGAAACUGUAGCCUAGGGCAUCUAAUAAAUAAAUUGCUCCCCAGUUUCAAUAAUGGUUCCAAUUCUA